UGACGUUGACGUUUUGUAACCAAGCAACGAAAAGUCGAAAAUAAACACUUUGGUUCUCAACAAGAUCAAAUCCAUCUCUUUUAUUUUAUAAUGCGAAGUAGUCGCUAGUUUUUGGUUUGGUUUUGUAACAUCUAUUUUAGCGAUGACGAAUAUACUUUAAAAGCUUCGCCCUUAUUUAUACAUAAUUCACCUGCGUACUUUUUUUGUUCGAGAAUCCGCUCCGCCUUACAAUCAAGCAAUAAUGAUAGCGAUAAGAACCGCCUUGAGGAGCAUAGGCCAAACGGGGGCCGUAAAAAAGCUUAAAUCUUUCCACCGAACUGCCUUCAGUGAUAAAUAUCUACUCAUCACCAACGUUACGAUCUCGCUUAGUCUAUCGACGACGGGUGACGUUAUUGAACAACAAUACGAAAAGUACUCUGGUGAAUUGGAAAAAUGGGACAAACGUCGCUCCAUGAAUAUGGGCCUAUCAGGAGUAAGUGUCGGAGUGAUUUGUCACUAUUGGUACAAAUUCUUGGAUCGACGUAUGCCUGGACGUGGCCUUCGGACUGUGGUGCAAAAAAUUGCUUUGGAUCAAUUUAUUUGUUCGCCUGUUUACAUAUCAGCGUUUUUUGUGACGCUCGGUGUUCUUGAAAAGAAGACGCGCCAAGAAGUCUGGGAAGAGAUGAAGGAGAAAGCGUGGAAGUUGUAUGCCGCUGAGUGGGCGAUUUGGCCACCAGCACAGUUUGUCAACUUCUAUUGGCUCCCGACCAAGUAUCGAGUGUUCUAUGACAACAUAAUUAGUUUGGGCUACGAUAUCUAUGCAUCACAAGUGAUACAUGAUACCUCCUAAAGACGAUUAGCUUGCAGGUUCAAGUUAGAUUUAACAAAUUGAAUUGUAAAUUGUAUAGUGCUUCCAAAUAAAUGUGAUAUGAGAGCAAUAAUGA